AUGGAGUCCCGGGCCAAGUAUUUGGACGAGUUAAUUCUCGCUAUCAAAACCACUACCGAGGAGAAAGGGACAACAGGACUCUGUACUUCGCAGCCAUCACAGAGGGCAGAUCCGAAAGCUUGGAAGGUCGCCGACAUUCUAUUGAAGAAUCUCAACUGUACACAAAUAAGUAAUGAGAUAUUUUCAAAAUCUCUCGAGGCCCUAGACCUCCUGAUUCAAAAGAACACAGCAAUUCUACAUGACGCUGUAGACCUUCCCGAUCGAGCCAGCGGCGGAAAGGGUCUUUUCUGGUUCCUUACUAAUUUUUGGAAGAUAUCAUGUAUCCAGUGGAAGUCACCUGCAUACCAAUGGGCUAUAAAGCAAAGUGUUGGGCGUUGGUGCUCACUAUAUGCCACUGGACUGGGCUCUACCCUGAUAUCGGAUUUCAUUUUUGGCGAACUAUCAAGACUGGAGGGUCAGAUCACAGCUGUUUUCACACAUCCUCAGGAGGAAGCAACUGUUGUGGAGGCAUUAAAAGCGCUUUAUGUUCUAUGUGACUGGUGUAACAGCCGUACCUUGCAAGUUUGCGAUCCUCUGUUGAACACAAAUUUUGAAACAAAUAAAUGGGAUAACUAUUUUCAAAGGGUAAUGCGGAUUGUAUGUUACGUGUUGGACAACAUCACGCUGGAUAUCAGUAUUCUACAAGGGAUCCAAAUAAAAUUUCUGACCUUGAUCGUCAAUUACGCCCUUUCUCGCGGCACGAAAUUCAAUCGUCUGCGAAGAGUUAGUUGCUCCAACACAUCGCUUCGGUUUGCUAUAGAAGCAGUGUCCAGUUUCUUAAUUACUCACGCAGAGGAGCUGCAACCACAUAAUGACCAACCGCUUGCGAAGCUUUUAAUGCGUCUCUACCUCAUUAUUAUACCACGUUCAUCUUCGGUUGACUUAUUUUCCAAAACCAUGGCCUUAAGCAAACUUGCCGAAGUUGUUUCUCAUUCUCGCUUUGAAGACUUUGAUACCCAGCGGGCCGUUUUUUUGAUAUUAUUUGACAUGAAACGAAGAGAAGUUAAUGAGAGCGAUCUCAUGGACCAUGAGGGGCCCACUAUUGUUGUCCACAACAAUUAUCAAAAAUUGCAGUCUGCAGCUGUAAAACCUUUUCUUCGAAGUCGUCAGCUGGAGCGUUUGAGAAAAGCCAUACUACAAAACUCCAGUGGGGAAGAUUUAAAAGUGACUUCGUUUAAAUAUAGUGGGAUUGAUAUGCACACUGAUUUCAAGUCGAUUGACAUGGCUUAUGAUAGCUUAGAGGCGAGGAUCACUAAAUGGUUUGAACAAAAAAACUUUCAGGGCUUAGUUUAUGCUGUCCAUUUGUUGAGCAAGCUUUCUUGCUGUGAAAGUAGGUGUAUCAAGAAUUUGGCUGAUAUAUGGGGUCCUUGUGUUGAGUGUGACAAUACGUCGCCAAGUAACUUAAUACUCACCGGAACUAAUCGGACGACAGUAAUCACAAAAUGCAGAGCUUUUGGUAUAUUGUCGAGCCAUUUUUUGGCCAAUCCUGAAUUACUAGAUUUUGGUCAAACCCUCCUUGUUGCCAUCGUGCUAGGUUUACGGAAAAUAUUUGUUCAUUAUAGGCCAGCGUCACAAGAUGGUUUACCUUUUACACCUGGGGCCUUCGAUUUUUUCAAGUGCGUACUGAACACUUCUGAUAGAUAUCUUCGAAUUGUCGCAGUGCCCUUGAUGUCUUUUUGGGGCUACUCUGCCGUAAAUGACUUUGGAGACAGCCAGACAACUUUAUUGAUCGAAUUUUUACAAACUCCUGGCGUCCAAUGCUUUACUGAGACCCUCCUCAUGUCGUGGGUACAACUGACAAUCUCGUCCUCAGGUGAUAGCUUUGACCCAUUGCUUGUCAAACUGAUUGACAUUUUCAAUUCCACAAACGCCGCUGAGCGUUUCAUGAUGACGCAUCAACUACGUUACAUUGCAUGGCUUAAAAAUAUUACACCAUAUCGACUUUUGUCGCCAGUUUUGCCAUCCAUUCUAAAAGAGCUUGGCAAGAACCUCAAAAAACGAAGACAGUCUUUUCAAAGACUGACUGAUUUUGUGGGGUAUCCACCGAAAACUAUACUCGAAAACUACCAAAAGUACAUUGUUCCCUAUGCUAUCACACAAUACAAGGGCGAUAUUGUCACUGAAAUCUCCACCAUAAUGUGUGAUAACGAAGAGGGUGAGAUGUCAGCAAAGAAAGACGAAUUACUACGGAGAAAUAGCCGUCAAAUUUUUGCUGUCGCGCUCGUCAAGCAUGGUUUUUUUGCUGUUGAUACAAUAGAGUCACUUUUCAUCAAUUGCCUUCCGACAUUUGAAAGAUCAUUUGUUUCUGCUUAUCUGCCCGAUUACAAGACACUUGCAGAAGUACUCAAACUGUACAAGAAUCAUGAUAAUGAUUCUUCCUCAAAGGGUGAAAAUGAAAACAUGGUGCUAUGUGCCUUGAGGUUCUUGUUUAUGCGGCUAGAAGCAGAAAAGCGCCGUUCUUCGAAAAUAAAGCUGCUGACCGAGUGGUCUGAAGGUCAGGAGUCCAGCUUUCAAAGGAGGUUGACUGAAAACAUUCUAGGUGUUUUCCAAGUUUUUUCCAGCGACAUGCACGAUAUUGAAGGACGUACUACGUACUUCGAGAAACAAAGGGUUAUCAAUGGUAUCCACUUUCUUCUCAUACAUGCCUCCUCUGAGUGUUUGAUUUCGGCUCUGGCUCAAAUCAGUAUUUGUUUACAGAGUGGACAAGAAGCCCCAGAGCUUCAGGACAGUAGUUUGAAAUGUUGGUCCGGCUUAAUCAAAAGACUUAACCAAGAACAGCUGUCUACUGUUGUCGACAGUUUUGUACCUUUCAUACUCCAGAACUGGUCAUCCUUCAACCGCAAAACCGCGACGACUGCUAAUGAAAUCAUUACAUCACUCAUAAAUGAAAAAAGAGAGCUGGUUUUGAAUUCUAAGCCUUAUAUCACGAUGGCCCUUGUUAAUAUGACAGGGUCAAAGAUACUUGAGCAAAAUAGAACUUUUGCAAGAUUAGUGAACAGGGUACUUUACACCACUGAUUGGUUUUCGGAGUAUGCCUACAAUUUGGGAAGCAAAAACAUUUAUUUAAUUCGUCAAGUUCUCCGCGACGUAGAGGUAUUAUUGCAAAAAAAGCAGCUAGAUGGCUCGGCUAUUUCUCACCGACCACAUUCAGAUAUUUCCACUUUAUUAGGUGGGCUACUGGAUACCUCUUAUAGAUUUAGAGGCGAAGAUGUUAAGCUAUGUCAGAAGUGUACUAGGAUAAUCGGUAUGAUUGGCGUCCUAGAUACUACCAAAAAUCAAUUACCAAGGUUACCAGCGCAGAUGCGGGAAGUUUACGACUUUGGUGACCACUCACAGACUGUCAGAUUUCUCAUCAACACAGUCAAUGAUGUUUUGGUACCAGCAUUUUGGGAAAGCGAGAACCCCACAAAGCAAUUGUUCGUUGCCUUGGUUAUGCAGGAAUCCCUAAAAUAUUGUCGAUUGGACUCAUCAGCGUGGGAUAUUCAAAAACCUGACUUGUAUCCCAGUGAAGCACGAUUGUGGGCGAGAUUUGAUGAUACCGCAAAAACAACUCUUCACCCUUUAAGAUCCUCUUUGUACAUGGCACAGUCUUGGAAGGAAUACACUCCAAUGGCAUAUCCGUCCUUUAAUCCAAAGCAAAGCUUCAAAACUUGGUUAAAAAAUUUGACAUUAGACCUUCUCAAAACAAGCACGGAUGAGUACCAUCCACUUCAUGUCUUUUCGUCACUGAUUAGGGAGGACGAUGGGUUCAUGUCCGAAAAUUUACUUCCGUAUAUUGUGGUUGAUAUCUUGAUCAAAGCUGACGAACGCACGACCUAUGCCGAUUUGGCAAAUAACAUCAAGGUUGAGUUUAUCUACAUCUUUGAGUAUGAUGCAUCUACUCUGAACCACCAUCAGAUUGACGCGAUCAAGCUGUGUUAUGAAACUGUGUUCAAAGUUUUAGAAUACUGUAAGAAGUGGGUAACCCACUUCAAGCAAAGCUACAGCAGAAAGCAUGGAACAUUCAUAAUUCGAGAGCAGAAGUACUUGAAAAUGAUUCAGAGGUUGCAGGACUUUUUUGAAAUGAAUCCUUUUGGGUUGAUGGCGGAAAAAUCCCUGGAGACAGACUCCUUUGAAAGGUCUGCCUUUUUCUUGGAGCAGUCUUACCGGAUGAAGGAUACAAGAUACUUUGGAAACGACAAGCUGUUACCAUAUCUACAAACCACGUAUGCCGAGAUCGGGGACAUAGACGCGGUAGAGGGGGUUCUGAAGGUCUUUUCUACGGGUAGCGUCGCCUCAAAAAUUGAAGAGCUUCAGUACUCACACAACUGGGGGAUGGCACAGCAAUGCUUUGAAGCGCUGGGCCAAAUAACUGGGCCUGACACCAACUAUGAGCAUCUAAGGACUUCUGGGAAUACCAAAAUGCUAAAAUCCAUGUAUACCCAUCAGCAGUAUGACCAGGUACUAACUAAACUGGUGUCCCUAGUGCCAAGGGGACGCUUUUCUGUAGACAUGCUUCCUGUAGAGUGGAUUAGCAUGGGUAUAGAAUGUGCGUAUCUCGACGGUCACUUGAGUGAGCUAACAAGGUGGAUUGAAAUAGUAGAGAGUAUGCAAUCAACAAACGAUCCAAUGGUCCUUCUGCACUAUAAUUUUGGCAAACUCAUGGUUGCCUUAUCUAUUGAUGAGAAAAAUAAGGCACUGGUUUAUGGUCGCCGCUGUGAAAAAUUGAUUGGUACAAAGUUUCUAACUAGAUCCACAAACACAACCCUUCUGAAGGCUCGGGAUCUCUUUAUGCGUUUGCAUGCUGUGAGGGACCUUUUUCUUCUGGGGGAUGAGUCACUCUCAUAUCAGGAUAAUGGGGGCAACGAAAUAGUAACAAGUCGAUUAGAAAAUGUUGGUGCUGAUUUUGAGCCGCGCCACUUUCUUCUAUCUAUCCAAAAGUCCUUUAAUCUGCUGAAAAGUGGAGGCGAGGGUAGCUCGAUACUGGCGAAAAAUUACUACCAAAUUGCCCAAAAUGCUAGAAUGAAUUCGAGGCCCGACUUAGCAAGCAGUGCUCUCAUCCACGCCUUGAUUAACGAAUAUCCUUCAGCUGAUCUCGAAUACGCGGAAAUACUAUGGAAUCAGGGCGAGAACGAUAAAGCCAUCAAACUGGUAGCCGAAAUUCAUCAGAAAAUGGAAAAAGAUGGAGGGUACAACUCUCGUGAACGUGCUAAUGUUUAUUUGAAAUAUACGGAAUGGCUAGACCUGUCUAACAACUCAAUAUCGGAUCAAAUCAUCAGACAGUAUAAUGACACUAUCAUGAUUGAUCCGCAUUGGAGUGAACCGUACUACUCACUUGGCUUGUACUUCAGUCGAUUAUUGGAAAGACGGAGUUCAGAGGGCUACUUGUCAAACGGGCGGUUUGAAAGCAAGUCGAUACAUUUUUUCCUACUAUCAUUCGAAAAGGAUACGUCGCGCACGCGAGAAGCACUUCCAAAAGUGAUGACAUUUUGGUUAAACACAACUAAUUUGUAUCUGACCGAGACCCAUGCUUCUAGAAAAGAAAGUUUGAAAAAAUCUUCUGAUGAGAUUUGCAAGGAUAUUGAGACUGCCAUGAAACAUUGUCCCAUUUACAUUUGGUAUAUGGUGUUAACACAAAUUUUGUCGCGCCUGCUGCAUGCCCAUAAACCCUCGAUGCAGCUCUUGAUGGACAUCCUACUUAGUCUGGCAACCGAAUAUCCUUCUCAUAUUCUGUGGUACAUAUCGGUACUGAUAAACUCAUCAUCUGCAACACGAGCGUCAGCCGGAAGACAGAUUGCUGAGCAGCUCAUCCGCCAGUCUCCCACGUCUACAAAAAUCAAAGAGUACUCUGACGGGCUUGUCAAGAAUUUAACUAACGUUUGCAUGAAAGAAGUAAAGUCGACAGGUAGUAGGUCUGGAAGAUCACUCGAUAAAGACUUUGAUUUCAAUCUUAAGUUGGCGCCUUGUUCCAUGGCAGUUCCAGUUAGUGCCAAUUUGGAAUUGCUUGCUCCCUCAACUUCUCAGGGCCUUUCAAAUAUUCAGCCUUUCAGGAACCUCAUCUCAAUUGCAAAGAUCAGCUCCUCGUACAAAACCUUUUCUUCUCUCAAAAAGCCCAAGAAGCUCAAUUUUAUAGGCUCUGACGGGAGGAUUUAUGGUAUUAUGUGCAAAAAAGAAGACGUUAGACAGGAUAAUCAGUAUAUGCAAUUUUCCACAACAAUGGAUUUCCUCUUGAGCAAAGAUUUGGAUUCGAGGAAAAGGGGCCUAGGAAUUACUACUUAUGCAGUUGUAUCGCUGCGGGAAGAUUGUGGCUUGAUUGAAAUCGUUCCUAAUGUGACAACUUUGAGGUCAAUUCUGGUGACAAAAUAUGAUAGCAUGAAAAUAAAGUACAGUUUGAAGGCAUUGCAUGAUAAAUGGCAAUCGCUCUCACCGGAGCAAAAGCUGGGAUUUUUCGAGGACCUACUUUCUAAAUUUCCUCCAGUAUUAUACGAAUGGUUUCUGGAGACUUUUCCUGAUGCAAUCACCUGGUACAAAUCAAGAAACGUUUUCUCUCGGUCAUACGCUGUCAUGGCAAUGGUCGGCCACAUUCUAGGAUUAGGAGACAGACAUUGCGAGAACAUUCUCUUGGAUAUGGAAACCGGAAAAGUGUUACAUGUUGAUUUCGACUGUUUGUUUGAAAAAGGCAAAAGGUUGCCAAUUCCAGAAAUUGUACCAUUUAGACUGACACAUAACCUAGAGGAUGCUUUAGGUAUAUCAGGAACUGAGGGAACUUUCAGGAAGUCAAGCCAAGUGACGUUAAAGUUGAUGCGCGAUAAUGAGGUGGCAUUAGUAAACAUCAUUGAAACUAUCAUGUACGACAGAAACAUGGAUCAUUCUCUUCACAAAGCUCUUAAAGUGCUUCGCAACAAAAUAAGAGGUAUCGACUCUCGCGAUGGGCUCCUCUUAAGUGUUGCAGGUCAGGUAGAGACAGUCACACAAGAAUCAACAUCCAAGGAAAACUUAAGUAAGAUGUACAUCGGAUGGCUUCCUUUCUGGUAA